CUGGCUUACCCAUGUGAAGGAAUUUGAGAGAACCGUCAACGGUUGGAGAAGUGCUAGGACACCAGUGGAUAAAGGGGUGCAAUUAAAGCUGGGGAGCUCGGCCUAUGAGGGUGAGAAACUGAUACAGAGACAUGGCUUCUCUGAGAAGCAAUUUGGUCCCGUCCCUUAAUUUUCUUCUUCCCCGGCCGAUGAAUAACAACUUCAAAACAAGGUCGAGGAUCCUCUGCGUAGGAUGGGACCCCGAGGGGUUGUUGGGUCCUCCUCAGACAGGGCAUAUUACGAGAUUGGAGUUUAAGAGGACGCUCGAAAAAGACGCCGGCGCUCGCGAGGCCUUCGAGCGCCAGGUCCGAGAAGAGCAGCAGCAGCGCCGCACUGCUAGACAGGGACGUGUGGUGCCUGAUACAGUUGAAGGCUUAGUGGAAUACUUUUUGGACACUGAAGCCCGAGAGCUCGAAUUUGAGAUUGCAAGGCUGAGGCCUCGGUUGAAUGAGGAAUUUUUCAAGCACCUGCAAUUUGAACUUGGCCAACUACGGUUUGCAGUGACGAAAACUAAGGAUAUGGAAGACAGAUUGAUCGAGUUAGAAGCUAUGCAGAAGGUUCUCUUGGAAGGAACAGAAGCAUAUGACCGGAUGCAAGCAGACCUUAUUUUGGCGAAAGAAAGGUUAGCUAGGAUAUUUCAAUCCAAGGACAAGAAGGCAACGUUGUUGGAGAUGGUUGAGAAGAAUGAGAUCAAUAGGUCUUUAUUGACUAUUCUUGAUGAGAAUAUAGCAACUGCAUACAAAGAUGACCAGAAACAAGCGGCAGAAUUCAUGGAGAAGAUUCGUGCUGCUAUCCUCAAAUACAUGACAGUAUGAAUCUUCAACAAAUAUAUUGAGGAACUCUUCUUGUAACAAAUAUAUUGAGGAACUCUUCUUGUUAUUCCUGGUUGUACUGAGCUCCUUUUGUAGGCAGUUUUUCUCUCAGGUGUGUGUGUGUGUUGUACUUGAAACCUUCCGCAACCUUCCUCUUAAGUAUAUUAUUAAAGAGAACAUAUAAUGUUCUCUUUUGUUCGGGUA